GUUGUUGCUGUCAGGCUCGCAGUGGGGGGGUGAGAGGAGAGAGAGUCGCUCAUCAUGGCCGCCUCCUCAGCUCGCUGGCUCCAGAGACUGUACGUCCUCCUGUCGCUGUGUCCCCUGUGUGUCCCCGCCUUCCUGAACCUGGAGGAACUGAACGAGAUGAAGUACGGGAUCCAGAUCCUGUCCGACCCCGUCAUGCUGGGGCAGACCAAGGCAGAGGAGGUUAUGAUGGUGUCCAGUAAGUACAAGCAGCUGUACGAGUGUCGCCUCCCGGCCCAGGCCGUCAGGUUCCACCAGGAUCCGGCCUCCGAGCCGGACUCCCAGGGGUACACCGGACCGGACAUCCCAGACCUGCUCGGUCCCAUGCACAGCGCCCCCUGUAUCGUGAAGACGAAGGACUGGUGGACAUACGAGUUCUGUCAUGGUCAGCACAUCAGACAGUACCACCUGGAAGACACAGAUAUCAAAGGGGAUGUACUGUUUCUCGGUUAUUAUGAUUCUGAAUUUGAUUGGAACAAUGAAACAGCAAAGGCCUCCAAACAGCACAGGCUAAAGCGCUACCACAGUCAGACCUAUGUAAACGGCUCCAAGUGUGACCUGAAUGGAACUCCCAGAGAGACGGAAGUCCGGUUUGUUUGUGAAGAAGGCUCGGGGGACUACGUUGCCCGAGUGGAUGAGCCUCAGUCGUGCCGCUAUGUGCUGACAAUUCACACCAGUCGCACCUGCCAGCAUCCUUUCUUGCGGCCACCAUCCACUACCAAGCCGCAGGGUAUCGUGUGCCAGCCAGCACUAAGUGCGCAACAGUACAUGGAUUACGUCAAGGCCCAAGUCUCGGACACAAAGCGUAAAGUAGAGCAGAUCUCCGAGGAGCUGAGGAGUCUUGAUGAGAUGUUGGCUGCUAAUGAAGGGGCAGAUGGGGCCGUGGAAGUUACCGCUGAAGAGUCAUUAACUGUAUCCGGUGAUGAUUCAGGGCCCUCAGAUGGAAAAGACUCUGCUGAUGUAUCAGAGGAUGUCGGGUCCGAGGAGGCAGAGGACUCUGAUUUCUGGCAGGGAGUGACAAAGUCAGAAGAUUCAGAAACAACUGCUUCUCAACAGGAGAGUCAGACUGCAGAUGAUGACUAUAACUCACUUACAGACAAUGAAGUUAUUGAUGAUGUUGAUGAAGUAGAAAAGUUCAACUUUAAAAUCAUCACUGACCCGGCAGACCUAAUGAAGUUUGUCCAGCACCUCAAAGAGAGUAAUAGGAAGAAAGAUCAAAACCAAGCCAGAAGUCGAGGAGAAAAACCAGCAUUAGACAGGGUGACGGAGAAGCUCGGCCAGGAAGAGAAAGAAGAAGAUGAACGCAUGCUGCAGGAUUUCGAGGAUAAGAUAGCUGACCUCUCUGUGCCGUCUGAUAAGAUUGAAGAAAUAAAGGAGGAAAUGCAAAAGGAGUUUGACAACAUCAUAAAUGAGGCCCAACAGGAAUUGGAGACUGAGGGUCUGAAAGGAGAGUUUGAUCGCACACAAGCAACACAAACACUAGAGACGACAUUAGACAAGCUCCUUGAUCAUUUGGAGGAGAAAGACAUCCAGGACCAAGAGCAACAAAUGGCAGGAGUUCAAAGUACCAGUGAUCCGACCAGGGGCAGCCCUAGCCUGGCUCCAAAACAGCCAGACCAAGCGGCUGAAGACCAUGUUAAGAUCAAAAUUACUAAGUAUAAGACGGGCAGCAGCCCCGAUGGGGAGGUCAAAGUUCAGGAGAUGGGCGAAGGAGACCCCCAGUGGCAGCACAUAAAGGACGUGGUUAAAGAGCAGCUAGAGAAAGCAGGACUGAAGGCCGAAGGUAAAAUUGAGGUGAAGAUCUUGACACGAAAGAAUGCAGAGGAGGCAGGUGAUCAGUGGUUGACUGAAGAAGAUACAAAGUCCUUCAGGGAGCUCCUCAUUAACCUCUUGACUGGAGGCACAGAAGAGGUUUACAAGGAGCAAAAGAGGCAGCAGGAGUUAGAAAACAACUAUAGGUUUGUGUGGGGAGAGUCCCAGGAGGAGUCCCAAUCAUCCAGCACCUCUGACUCUGACGACGUGGACAUCUGAGCUCGUUCAGGACAUUAGUUGGACCUUCUGUGAAUGUGAACUCCUGUUAAGACCAGGGGGAAGAAAGGACUCUGAAGUGCAGCAGCAAAUUUAAAAAAAGAGCUGUCAUGAUCAAAUCAUUGCUACAAAAUUUGGCAGAACUCACCUAUUUGCACAUUCAGAAAAUCUCUCUGUGUUUUGAAAGAGACAAUAUGUGUCUUUAGUAGGAACCAUUUAUAUGUUGCACAAUGAAGCAGCAACGUGUCAGCUGUCCCUGUGCAGCCAUAUGCAGUUAUGCAUUUUCCCCUUUUGAUGGGAUUCAGUUUUGAUAGAUGGCUCGAAAAAAGCCUUGUGAAAUACAACAUGUACCUUUUUAGAGAUAUGUCAGUGAGUUCUACUGAAUAUUUGAAGUUCUAGUUUCUGUCUGACCUGAUACAGCUGAUGGAGGGUGGUGGUGUAUGCCUCAUCAAACUGGAUGAGUCAUUUCACGGGUGGAUUAUACGUGAAAAUGGAAAAAAGGGACAAACACUAAAGGGUUCAUUUUUCAGUUCCUGCUUGUCUUUGAAACUUUCUGACACACUGUGUUUGGUGGUAAUAUUAUCAACAAACAGAACUGUAGAUUAAAUACGUGUUUGUAAAUAUGCUGUGGCACUUUAUAUUUUUUAGAAAGACCAAAUUUAAACAUCGUUUGAUUCAUGUUUUGGUUUUCCCUCGGGGUGUUGUGUGUGAUUAAAGGGAUUCAAAUGAAAAACUCUUAAA